AGCAUGCAACAAUACACAUUGAUUAAAAGUUCUGGUAUCGGCUGUAGGCGGAAAACACUCCCUUGCGAGGGUGUGAACAAUUGGACAUUGGAAGAGGGAGGGUACUAUGAGAGAGGAGUUAUUUAUUUAUGGAACAGCGUGGAGGAAACAUGUUAGCGGAGGCCUAUGUUUUUCCUGGACUGGAGCAGGCAGCCACUAAUAUUGUACGUUGGAUAUGGAAGUGAGAAUGGACAUGCUACAGGAAGAGAAUCAUGUUACAGUGAUUCGAGCUACGCAAGGCAAAAGCCUCAGGCGACUGAAAUCGAUUGUUACCUGCUGUGUCUUGGGACUCUGCAUCCUGGCUGUCUUUAUAGUUUAUCUGAUGGUUCAAGGGUUCAUGCUGUACCAAGAACUAAAGGGGAUCUGUCAGGCUUCAGAUAAUGCUGCAGUUCAUUCGCUCACAUUCAAAGACAUGGAAUCUGGUAAUUAUAUGGAAAAGCCCCGUGCUCAUCUAACAGGUAAAAGGCAACUCAACUAUGUUCCAAAAGUCCAAGCUCUACAUUGGGAGAAUCGCCAUGGUCUGGCCUUCACCAAAUACGGAAUGAAUUAUACCAAUCGGAGUCUUGAGAUUCCUAAAACAGGGUUUUACUUUGUCUAUUCUCAAGUGACUUUCCGUUUGACCGCAAAUACUGCAGAAAAAAGAACAGAACACGUGUCACUGACCAUCAAAAAAAUAACAUCCAAGUAUCCAGAACCUGAGGAACUUAUCAGUGGAACCAAGAACGUCAAUGAAAGGGAAAGUGAAGGAUACAGACCAAUUUAUUUGGGAGCAUUACUGCUUCUGGAAGAAAAAGACCAACUGAUUGUUGAAGUCAGUGAUAUACAAAUGGUGGAUGUCACAGUUGAACACAAGACUUUCUUUGGUGCUUUUAUGUUAUGACCAAAGCAAGUAUUGGUUUACUAUGAUUAAUGAAUGCCUGAAGUCCUUUUCAUUCUGUAAAUUAGAGGAUACUUUCUGUUUUAUUCCUUUUGGGGGAACUAAAGCAACUUACUACUACCAGCAGUUUUAUGCAAUAUUUCCCCUGCUCAAUUGCUUUAUUACCUUCCUGGUUUCCCACCGUCCUCUGCUGUCCCACUGUAUCAGAUUGCAAAGUGCAAGUGCACCUGUACCCAUAACUUAUGUGGCCAUCAGUAGAAGCACAGCAGCCUUAUGCUAUACAUUAUGCUACAGUAUAUAUAAAUGCUAAAAAUCCAUGAAAAGUUAUUUAGGGACUUUCCCUUUAAUAAGCAUAAAGAUUAUCUUCAAGGCGACCUAUUUAAACAAUGUCAUGAUUCACAGCUUCCAGCUUUACUUGCAAUGGACUCACUUCAGUACAAUUACCAUCAAAAUGAUUAUGGCAGGCUUCCUGUACUCAUAAAAAAACAGUUAUUUUGUUAGCUUAAAGGAGAACUGCAGCUUAACUAAAGAAGUAGGCUAGAAAUGUUGUACCGUAUAUACUCGUGUAUAAGCUGAGUUUUUCAGCACCGAAAAUGUGCUGAAAAAAUUGACCUCGGCUUAUACGCGGGUAACCUCUUUUAGAUGAAAUACGGUAGAAGGCAGAAGACUUCGCAUCGCAUUGAAAAGAACAAUGGCGGAAGCCCAGCGUGAAGAGCUACACGCAGCGCACCGAGGGGGAAUUCAAAAAAGACGCGCUAUCCUCCUACCCUAGCUGAAGCCGGGCGGCCGGCACAGGAUGGAGAGUAACAUCACCGGCCCCCAGCAUCUCCCGCGUUCUGGGCCCCUGCACACUUCGGAGGUAAAGUGAAGUGGCCUGCCGUACCUUCCGGGUUCAUGCGCAUUUUGAGGUAAAGUCAAGUGGCCUGCCGCGCACGCUCUCUCUCUCUCUCUUUCACUAAAACUUGUUAUUGAAUAUUUGUUUGCUGCAAAAAUGAAUGUUUACCGUACUUUGGCCAAUGUUUACCGUAUGUCUGCUGUGGUGCAAAGAUGCAUUGUGCCUGGCUACCCACCCAUCCACUCAUGUUACCCACCCAUCCACUCAUGCUACCCACCCAUUCUCUCAUGCCACCCACCCACCCACAUACCUAUUCACUCGUGCCACCCAUUCACUUAUUGUGUGGGGAGUGUGUGUAUAUAGUGUAUGAUGGUGUGGGUAGAGAGUUUGUGUGUGU